GAAAAACUUCGCAACGAGAACGAAUCCGUGAAAACGCGUUUGAAAGAGGAAGAGAAUGUGAGCCGUAUUGCAAUGGACAAGGCUGAGAUCAUUGAGAAGCAGCUCUCGGCCAAGUUGGCCGAACUCAAUCUUCAACAAGCUAAACGAAAUCAGCAUGUGGAUCCAACCCUGGAGCGUAAGAACCGUGAACUAAAUUCGCUGCUGCAGUCUACCCAGUGGAAUCUCGAACACGUCAUGAAGGAGAGAGAUGCUAUGAUUCGUUCCUUGUUGAAUGCUUCGGGGCAAACGACCGCAGAGCUCAAAAAACUUUCCAUUAAGGAACGCUCAGCUAUGAUUAGUAGUUUCGCGAAUUCGAUGAAAUCUUCGAAGGCUACUCUAGACGCAAUGGUCAGCCGAGUUACCACAUCAGAACAGGAUCGCAUCCAAUGUUUGAAGUCCAACGAGAAAAUGGAAGCUCGAUUGAGAGCUCUUGUUCGUUCAAAAAAUUGCCUUGAAACUGAAAACUGUACUCUACUUAAAAAGAUCCAAUCGCUCACGAGCCAAAUUUCAGAGAGUCGAGCGCAUGCGAAAAAACUUCUACAAUCCACUCGGUGCUCGAACGAGCAGGAAUGGCGGAAGCGGGAGGCCGCUUACGUACUAACAAUUGAUAAUUUGAAAAGACGUAUUCGAAAGGAAGACACAAUGGUCCCUGUUGAGUUGUAUAAGUCGGCCGUUGAAGAAGCCCGUCGCCUCUCUUUGAAUGUUGCCAAGUUGCAGCAGCAACUGAAUUGUUUGCGAUCUACCACAUACGGUCAACCAGAUAAGGCACCGGAGAAAGAUAGUUCCGGUUUGGCCUCGGCACUCGAAUCACAGAAAUCUCGUGGGAGUGUCUCCUUCGCGACGCCAAAAAGCCGCUGCUUGAGCCUAAGAAUGCGACACUUAUCGCCCACUAAUGACUUAUCGUGUUCUCGACCGGAGCAAUACAUACAGCCAAAAAUAGCUGUACAUAAAUCGUUGGCACCAAGUGAAAUCACUGUUUCUCGGUCCCGAAGAAGGAGCAAAGGGAGCCCUCAAAACGGCUCGGAUGAAAACACCGCACCGCAGCAAGUUCCAGUGAUACCUUCAAAAACUGGAUAUCUACCUGCUGCCAAAUUUUCUUUUAGCCCUAAAAGAAAAGCGGAUGACCGACACGAAAUGCGAGUCAAAAUGGUAAGGGCCGUCGGGGGUCGCAAAGGCUUGCAGGACAAGCUCAAAAAAGUGCGGUCCCCACGAGAACGUCCCACGCCUUUAAAAACUAAAAAUUAA